AUGGGCCAACCGACAGGUCUGAAGCGGCCGUCGCCACGACGGGCAACCCGUUUUGUGAUUCGAAACGCAUCUUCUAUGAAGUUACCGCAAUGUUUCGACCGCGGCGGACGCCGGGUCGCCCGGCCGGCGUGGGGAUUCAGCGUCACGGAGAGCAAGUUGAUUCACACCCGGUCCCUUAAGACGCUCGAGGCCAUCUCGUGCGCGCCCCUCUGCUGCUUUCUCGAACUUGGACGAGUCUGGAUCGCUGCUCGAAGGAGUCCACACGACACCAGCCAAGCGACGAUGAACCCGACAAAUCAUCCAUUAAACUUGAUCGAAUACGUUUGGCCCUGUGGCCACCAGGAGAAUGUUGAGGUCCAACCGGCUCCGGGGAUACCCUUUGUGCGGGGGCAGUUCUCCUUGCCCGUCGCGAAGUCGCCAGAGGAAUUCACCGAGGAGGAACGGAUAGGCGUGCCGGGCCGGCGGAAAUGUUGCCGGUGCUGGGCGACUUCCAGUCUGUUUAAGCCCCUCGAAGCGUGCAAGGAAUGCGACCACCCGUUCGCCGGUUGCCAUACAUGCAUGAUCGUCGAUUCUUCGGGGACGCGCGAGAUCGCGACUCUCGAACGCCGGCCGAUUGGCGAGUUCGACCAGACGCCCGAGUACUGGCGGUGCGGCACCUGCGAGCACGUCAACGCCUUCGAUAGGGAUGGGCCGAUCAACGGGUUUCUGGCCCCAAUGGUCCCCGAUUACAUGGAAGACAUGGAAUGCAGGAAAUGCGGUGGGCCCUUCACCGAAGACAGCUGGGUCAUCAACCCCUUCUGGGUCUACCUCGGGACAUGGAACGGCCGCGUUGUUGCCGAGGGCGGUCCAUGGCACUGGAGUCUGGAGUGGCAUCGUGACUGUGCCGGCGAGCAGCACACCAAAGAUGACUGCUACGGCACGCGGAAAAACGGAAGGAGGAGGCGAGAGAACCCCUGCGUCAAGAGGCAUUUUGCAGCAGAGGCCGCUCAAAAGAAGGGCCCCGAGGAACCCUCGGCUAAACCUCCCAUUCCGCCAGUCUUUGUUAUCGACACAGACCGCCAUUCGCUGCCGCCACCUUCCGCUGGAUUGACACCCUUUCCAGAAGACCACGAGUACGGCGAUAGCGACAGGGAGACCGUGCCGGAAGUCAGACAGGAAGGCCAUCUCCACCCCGACUAUCAGGCAGUUGGAACUGACCGGUUUACGAUUGGAGACUACGUCAGCGACGACUACGAGGAAGACAAUGGGGAAUACCAGGGAGAACGCGGCCUUGAAGACACCGGUGAUUAUCAAGAGCCCGACUUGGGUUCCUACUACGAUGCCCCGGCCGGGUAUGAGGAGGUGCUAGAUGAAAGUGAGCGGGCUGCGGGAGAUGAGAGGCCUUCCGACGCUGAGCUUCUGCACCACCCUGCACAAGGGGACAACUUUGCCGCAAACGACCACGAAGGCGACUCUUUCCUCCCUGGAGAGGACGAGGACUUUACAGAAGCUGAGUCAGAGUUCUCCUACGUCGAUGACGGCCAUACCACAAUCCCCUACAACACCUAUGCGAUCCUUGACACACCCGCCGCCGCCGCGUAUAACCCGCCUGGCAUGAUCCACGACUUAUCGUGGGACAGCGAGGACGAGGAGGAUGGCGAUAGCGAGGCCGAAGACGGUCUCGAGGCGGGAGAGGAGGAUGCCGAGCAGCAGAGCAUCGAGGGCGAAGACAGAGAGAGGUCGUUAGAGGGAGCUGACAUGAUGGACGGCGAGGUUGUCCCUGAAGAGGAAGAGCGGCAACUGGCUGAAGAAGAAGGGGAAGGAGUUCCUGAGGAUGGUGAAGUCCCGGAGAACGACCCUGCGGAGGAAGAAGCCGCCCUCGAAGACGGCGAACGCGGCCUGGGUGAUGACGACCUCGCCGAGGAGGAAGAACUGGCUGAUGGGGAAGGACCCGUCGACGGGGAGAUUCCUGACGGCGACCAGUUCGACGAAGAACCGCUAGAAGCCGUGGAAGAUGGAGUACCCGACGAGGAAGUCCUGGAGGGCGAGCGUAGCCUCGAUGUGGAGGAGGGAGAAUUCGCCGCUGAAGAUGGUGUGAUCGCCGAGGAUGGCGAGCUCGGCGAAGGGGGUUUUCCCGAGGAUGGUGACUAUGCUGAGGAAGGAACUCCUGAGGGCGCCGAGAACGUCGCCGAGAUGGAGGAGGGGAUGGAGGACGGCGGGGAGCGCGGCCUUGACGACGAAUUCCUACCCGAAGGCGAAGCGGAGUUCCCGAUGCAGGACGCGGAAGCGGAAGAGUUCCUGUCCGGGGACGGCGAAGCCCCUCUCGAGGAUGGGGAGUUCCCGCCCGAGGGUGAGCGUGAGUUCUUACCAGAAGAGGAAGGCGAAGUCCCCCCCGAAGGCGAGGGUGAGUUUCUACCAGAGGAGGGAGGCGAGUUCCCCCCCGAGGGCGAACUCCUGCCCGAAGGAGAAUACCCCCCCGAAGGCGAGGGCGAGUUUCUACCAGAGGAGGGAGACGAGUUCCCCUCCCAAGGUGAACUCCCGCCCGAAGGAGAAUACCCCCCCGAAGGCGAGGGCGAGUUUCUACCAGAGGAGGGAGGCGAGUUUCCCCCCCAAGAUGAACUCCCGCCUGAAGAAGAAUAUCCCCCCGAAGGCGAACGCGAGUUUCUACCAGAGGAGGGCGAACUCCCACCUGAAGGUGAGCUCCCACCUGAAGGUGAACUCCCCCCCGAAGGCGAAAUUCCCUUAGAAAGCGAACUUCCACCCGAAGGAGAAUUCCCCCCCGAGGGCGAACUUCCACCCGAAGGAGAAUUCCCCCCCGAGGGCGAACUUCCACCCGAAGGAGAAUUCCCCCCCGAGGGCGAACUUCCACCCGAAGAAUUCCCCCCCGAGGGCGAACUUCCACCCGAAGGAGAAUUUCCCCCCGAUGGCGAGCUUCCACCCGAAGGAGAAUUCCCCCCCGAGGGCGAGCUUCCACCUGAAGGAGAGUUCCCCCCCGAUGGCGAGCUUCCACCCGAAGGAGAAUUCCCCCCCGAGGGCGAGCUUCCACCUGAAGGAGAGUUCCCCCCCGAAGGCGAUAUUCCCCUAGAAAGCGAACUUCCACCCGAAGGAGAAUUUCCCCCCGAUGGCGAGCUUCCACCCGAAGGAGAAUUUCCCCCCGAUGGCGAGCUUCCACCUGAAGGAGAGUUCCCCCCCAAUGGCGAGCUUCCACCCGAAGGAGAAUUCCCCCCCGAGGGCGAGCUUCCACCUGAAGGAGAGUUCCCCCCCGAAGGCGAUAUUCCCCUAGAAAGCGAACUUCCACCCGAAGGAGAAUUUCCCCCCGAUGGCGAGCUUCCACCCGAAGGAGAAUUCCCCCCCGAGGGCGAGCUUCCACCUGAAGGAGAGUUCCCCCCCGAAGGCGAUAUUCCCCUAGAAAGCGAACUUCCACCCGGAGGCGAGCUUCUCCCCGAAGGUGAACUUCCACCGGAAGGUGAAUUCCCACCCGAAGGAGAACUACCCCCCGAAGGAGAAUUUCCCCCCGAAGGCGAACGCGAGUAUCUUCCCGAGGGUGAAGACAACUUUCCUGUAGAAUGCGACGAGCUUCCUCAGGGAGAGCCUUUUAUGGGCGAGGAAUUCGCUAACGGGGAACAAUUUGCUGAUAGCGAACAGCCCCUCAAUGGCGAAUUAACUGAUGGUGAGUUCCCUUCUCAUAGCCUCCCCCAAGAUAAUCUCGCCGCCGGCGAAUUUCCUGGGGACGGAUAUGCCGAUGGUGGGUAUCCUGGCGAUGGUGAACGGGGCUUUGACGAAAACCUCGGUGGACAACCUGUAGAUGACGGGUUUGUCGAUGACGGACUGCUCAACGACGGCCAACCGCCCGGUGGGUAUGACAAUAGCUACCCUGCUGAUAACUACGCCGGAGACGGAUACCCUGCCGAUAACUACACCGGAGACGGGUAUCCUGCCGACAAUUACGCCGGAGACGGAUACCCUGCCGACAACUACGCCGGAGACGGAUACCCUGCCGACAAUUACACCGGAGACGGAUACCCGGUUGAGAACUCCAACGGGGUUUACCCGACUGACAACUACAACGGGACCGCAUACCCAGCCGGCAAUUACGACGGGUCCGGAUACCCGGCUGACAACUACGACGGGCCGCCCCCUAUUGAAGAACCCCCUUUCGAUGAGCGACUACCUUUUGAUGAACCACUCCCUCUUGACGAUCAGCCACCUAUCAAUGAGUCUCCUCUUAAUGAAGGGCCGCCUCUUGAUGAGGGGCCACCUUUUGGUGACGGACCCCCCUUUGAUAGCGGCCCGCCUCUUGAUGAUAGACCGCCUCUUAAUGAAGGGCCGCCUCUUGAUAAUGGGCCACCUUUUGAUGAGGGACCCCCUCUUGACGACCAAUACGACCAACUACCUAUCAAUGAGUCUCUUCCUCUUGAUGAGGGGCAGCCUUUUGAUGAGGGACCCCCUCUUGACGACCAACCACCUAUCAAUGAGUCUCUUCCUCUUGAUAAUGGGCCACCUUUUGAUGACGGACCACCUCUUGACGACCAACCACCUAUCGAUGAGCCUCUUCCUCUUGAUGAGGGGCAGCCUUUUGAUGACGGACCCCCUCUUGACGACCAACCACCUAUCGAUGAGCCUCUUCCUCUUGAUGAGGGGCAGCCUUUUGAUGACGGACCCCCUAUUAAUGAGCUUCCCCCUCUUGACGAUGGGCCCCCGUUUAAUAGCGGCCCGCCUCUUGACGACAGACCGCCCGUUGAAGAACCGCCUAUUGACGAUGGACCACCUUUUGACGAUAGACCGCCCCUUGAUGACGGGCCACCUCCUGACCAGGCUGGUCUAGCUGAAGAACCUCCGCUUGAACCACAAUAUGACGACCGUCCUUUCACCAAUGACAACCCCGGGUAUCAGCCACCGAUAGAAGAUCAGCAAUUUGUUGAUUCUGGUAUGGCCAAUGUUAACGACCAUCAAAUGGAUGGCGGAUACCCCCAGGAUGAUCUUGGUCAGACUGGUGGUAUCAGGGAUGGGGACGAUGGAAUCUAUUCGGGGGCCGGGUAUGGGGACGACCCGGUAGACCAAUUCACGAACAACCCUCCACCAGAGGAGAACUUUCCGCCGGGGCCUGGCAGUUCAAUACAAGAUAGUUUUCGCGAGCAAACUUUGGACAACUUUGACAACCCGUCCCAGGAUUUCCAGCCACAAGACCAGUACCCGCAGGACAACUUUGACAACCCGCCCCAGGAUUUCCCGCCCGAAGAUCACUACCCGCAGGACAACUUUAAUAACCAGCCUCAGGAUUUCCAACAAGGGGACCAAUACACGCCGCCACCCGUCGAUGGCUACAACGACCAGCAAAAUUUCCCGCCCGAAGACCAGUACCCGCAGGACAACUUUGACAACCCGCCUCAGGAUUUCCCGCCCGAAGAUCAGUACCCGCAGGACAACUUUAAUGACCAGCCUCAGGACUUCCAACCAGAGGACCAGUACCCACCCCCUCCUGUUGGUGGCUAUAACGACCAGCAGAACUUCCCGCCCGGAGACCAGUACCCGCAGGACAACUUCGACCAGCACCAGGAUUUCCAACCGGAGGACCAGUACCCGCCCCCUCCUGUUGGUGGCUACAACGACCAGCAGAACUUCCCGCCCGGAGACCAGUACCCGCAGUCCCCUAUUCAGGAUCAGAACAAUUAUGAGCCUCACCACUACCCGUUUGACGAUCAGACUCAGGAACCGCCGAUGGACAGCUACAAUACCCGAUCUCAAGAAUACCUGCCUGACGGCCGAUUCCAGGAGCAACCGAUGGAAGAGUAUCAUACGCGAACACAAGAAUAUCCAGUUGAGGAGCAGUCCCAAGGUCAGUCUCUGGGAAACAACUUGGAUACUCCAUACCUGCGGUCUUCUGAAUCCCAACAUCAGCCGGGUUUUGAGGACAAGUAUAAUCAAGACCCUCGCAUGCCCCCAGGGACUGAGCCUCCUGCACAAUACUAUUACCCAGAUAAUCCGACACCGUAUCAACCAAACGAACCAAUGGAAAUGACAAUGAAUUCCAAUGGAGGCCAAUAUGAUGAAUUUAUGACCGCAGCUCAAGGUCUCAGAAGAAACAAGGGUCAUAAAAAAGACAGAUACCGAUGGCUGCUUCCGGUCAUGGUGACUGCGACGUUAGGUUGGGGCGUGGAAGCACUGGAAGAGCAAUACCAUGCAGGAAACAUUAAGGCUUCUGGAUUCAGCUUCAAAGCUAUUGCAGCCAAACUCUUGGGAUCAAAGACAAAGAAAGAUCACAGUGGCAAUAGGGAUGCGCAAAGGUUCGGUGCGGCUGGUGGGAUGGCAAGGGAGGAUGAGAUGAAUCCGACCAGGCCCCAGGAAACGCCUGAUCUGGGAGACGAGAUGUCUGACCCGAACAAUCAAGAUCACACCAACGAUGCAAUGCAGAACGCUGGACCGACUGAUCAGGAUGGGGAGUGGGAAGACAUAGAUGAGAACGAGCCCGUGGACAGCAAGAAACGCAAGGGCGGUUUGUUCAGCCUAUUCCGCAAGAGGAAGAAAGAACCCGACCUUGAAGCCCAGGAUCAAGAGUUCCUGGAUGGCCAAGAGCUGGGCAUUUCGAACGACGGACUGGACGCGAACGCCCCGCUAGGCGGAGAUGGAUAUGCCGACGAACAAUAUCCUGCAGAUCAAACCGACAUUCACUCCGACCCGAAGGCCAAGCAGAAGAAACGAGGCUUCUUAACCACACUUUUCGGAAGCAAAGAGCAUAAGACACAUGGUGCAGAGGCCAUGGAUGCUGGUGAUAUGGGUCAGGGUAUGAACCAAGGGGGGUACUCUUGGACAAAUGAGAACCUCGACAUGACGCGAUCCCCGGAUAUGGCAAGGAGGGAGAGAAUGUCUCAGUAUGGUUCUGACCAGCACUAUGACGGAGACGGCUCCCAGAACGACAACCCAAAACCCGAGCGACGAGGCUUUCUUGCGACUCUCUUCGGGUCGAAGAGGCCUAAGAGACACGGCCAGGACAUUCCAUGGAGCACCGAAGAAUAUCCUACGGAAACAUUGCCAGAGCGGGAUCCAUAUGGUGCUGAUACUAUGCCACAGGAGCAGUAUGAUAGCAUCACGCACUCUCCUCAGAUGACCCAAAAGCCUAAGAGAAAGAGCAUCUGGGCGGCCCUUUUUGGACGCAGGGAAAAGCGCACGCAGUCAGACGAAAUCGCCGAUUCCGCCAUGGACACAAACCGCGGGGAUAGGGAAUAUCCCAUGGGGUCUCUUCCAGGCGAACAAAUGUAUAGCCAAGGAAGCACCGUGCCACAUGGGGAUAAUGGCAACAACGAUCCUGAGUGGGUUGCCCAAAACCCCGAGAAGAAGGGCUUCUGGGCCACCAUUUUCGGAUCCAAGAAGUCCGAUAAAUCCAGACCCUUGGGCAACGCCGAUUCAGAGGAGCUCAACCAAACCCAACAAAGAAAAGGCGGUCUAUUUGCCCGCGCCCAGACAGCCAGCGGACAGAAUAGGGCAGAACGCCGUGCCAAAACCAGAAAAAGAGGUUUCUUCUCCCGGCUCUUUGGCCGCAAGCAACAAAAAGACCAGGACAUAGAGAUGGGCAACCUCAACGACUCUGACGAAGCUCGGAUAGGCCACGUCAGAACUGGCAGUCCUCAAGUCCACCAGGGCGAGUCCGGCGCGCGGCGCUCCGCUACGGCUGAUGUUAUCGGUAAUGACGGCUUCGAAGACGUGCCUGAUAAGAAGCGGAGGAAGAGGGACAAAGAAGACAGGAAGAAGAGAUCCCAGAAGGAGAGGAACAAGAAACAAAAGAUGGGUCUCUUCCACCGAGCCAGCCUUGCCAGCUCCAGCAACACAGGUAAUAAGGAGAAUGGCAAUGGAAAGAAGAAGACUCGGCAGAGCAUGGUGCACGAUGAGAAUGGGAACGUCGUGGCUCAGCCGCGGGGCACCAGGAAGUCCCGGGCCAAAGUGAGGUAUGCGCCAACUCCGCCGAGCAAGAACAUGCAUCAGUAUGUCAACCGGCCCAAAUUAAACCGCAAUGAUACUCCUAGCAACGACCCAUGUGUUCGGGUGACAACCUAG